GAAGAGCACCAAUAAUGGAACGCCAGGUGGACAACGACGCGUCUAUUCCAGGUACGCCCCCAAACAUAGUACUCACGCGUUGCUUCCUGCCAGGCUGCCACCCCCCACCGUCAAACUAUAUCUUGGAAAUUUCGUAGUGAUUUCUCGGCUUAUAGGAUCCUCCUAUUUUGACUUCUGAACGGUCCAUCCGUCGGUGGUGGGUCGCUCGGCCGAUCAAUCGAUAACUCUGUUCCUACGGUGUUUCCGAAUAUCCGAGAUCUGGGGUUUUUGUUGUUCAAUCAAUAUCGUUUCAAUAGGGUUUUCUGAUUCUAUUUUCCAGUCGGUCUAUUCCCCGUUAACCGUUCGGAAAAAAUGAAGGAAAAUAGUACUAAACCUAAUUGAGGUAUCAGGCGUCGUUUGGUUGCCUGGAGAACUUGGAAUUGGGAUUGAAGGACCCCAACUUGGAUUUGGAAUUACAUCCACAACAGCAACACGGCGUUUGAUAUUGGGGAUUGGUUCCUUAAGGUUACUGGAAACCUAGGGUUUCUAUAUGUGGAUGGGUUUAAGUAGUGUUUUUUUUAUUCUGGCCAUGUGUUUGUUACAUCUAAAUGUGAUUUCCAGAUCUUACAAAGGGGCCUUUUGUUAAUCACUUUGUUUUAUCUCGCAAUUUGGAUUGUGUUGCUGCAAUCUAGUGCUUUUCAUUGCAAUUUGGAUUAUUAUUAAUGAAAAUCAACUAAUUGAGUGACUUCCAUUUCGAGAACGUUGUGCUCUUCUAUUGUUAUUGCUGCUUUUGAUUGAAAGGGUUUAAUAUGAUUUCAUAGGCAUUCUACUUUUUGCCAAUCAGAGAUGACGAGUGGGUUUGGGGAAUCAACAAGCAGGCCACCCCAAAGCCCUUCUUUCUCUAGCAAUAAUGGUAGCAACAGCGAUGCUGGUAAUUUUGAAUGCAAUAUAUGCUUUGACUUAGCUCAAGACCCAAUUGUGACUCUCUGCGGCCACCUCUUCUGCUGGCCUUGCCUUUAUAAGUGGCUUCAUAUUCAUUCACAUUCCCAGGAAUGCCCUGUUUGUAAAGCUCUUGUUGAGGAGGAGAAGUUGGUUCCCCUCUAUGGUCGGGGAAAGACAUCAACAGAUCCAAGAUCGAAGUCCAUUCCAGGUAUUAACAUUCCAAAUCGUCCAACAGGCCAGCGACCUGAAACGGCUCCUCCACCAGAUGCAAAUCAUUUUAUGCAACAUGGGUUUGGGUUCAUGGGAGGAUUAGGGGGAUUUGCACCAAUGGCAACUGCAAGAUUUGGGAACUUCACAUUGUCUGCGGCUUUUGGUGGGCUUUUCCCAUCGCUAUUUAACCUUCAAGUGCAUGGAUUCCCUGAUGCUACCAUGUAUGGGCCAGCUGCUGGUUUCCCAUAUGGAUUUUCUAAUUCAUUUCAUGGUGGACAUGCUCAUGGAUUCCCUCAGCAUCCGCCAACUCAAGGGCAACAAGCAGAUUACUAUCUGAAGAUGCUGUUCUUGAUGAUUGGUGUCUUUGUGAUCAUUGCCCUAAUUUGGUCAUAGAUUAAAUUUUCUGGCAGAGUGCAAACUGCUAACGGAUGUUUAGGUUUGUUAAUCUGAUGCGCUUGUAAAUUGGUUUCGGCAUUUGAUUCUUACUUUUUUUGAACUAAGGAAAUUGUCCAUAUGGUAUACUCUAUCUGUACUCUUUAUCUGUUUUUGUGUCUAUCAACAGUACUUGGAGUCUGACUUGCAUUCUCUCAUAGAUGUAUUGCAUGAUCUCUCUCUCUCUAUCAAAUGGAAGGAAUGGGUCAAUGCCGCAAUGUGAUGUAGCAGAGUAGUGGUUUAUUUAUUUAUUUAUCUAUUCUCUGAUUGGAUUA